GUGCUGCUGUUUGGGUGGUUUCCUUGGGAACAGACAUGCAGCCUCACUCCUCCAUAGCACAUGCUGCCACCACGCUGGGAAGAGUCGUUUGGGCGUGCUGUAGAGUGCGUUGACCUGGGGCCUGGCACGCUGUGUUAGGGAGACGUUGGAUGGCUGAACGGAUGCGCCACUUCAAGGGUUUGUGCAAGGCUGCUACCCUGUGCCAGGUUUCACAUAAGCAUCUCAGCACAGAAAUGUUUAAACACCCUUGUAAAGAAGAUGGUGUGAACCCUCCAGAGGUGAAGAGGAAAUGGAACUGGACUGAACUCCUGUUCAGGAUCAUGAAUCUCUGUUGUGCCGCUGACUUGUCUGUGAUUUGCAUCAUGGCACCAUGUGCAAAGUGCUCCAAUUGUUGUGGGUGAAGACAGGAUUGGAGGAGGUGGAGAUUCAUGUCGAUUCCACGGUAUUUGUAUAUAGCACUUUACUUGGUAGAUAUUGUCAUGAUGGAAUUUUACAACAAUCUAAGCCCAGGGAAAGCAGGAGUAAGACAACUGUGGAAAAUCUUCCUGCAUAUUUGAGAAUUAAAUGUAAGACAAUGAUGACUUUGGAUGAACAAGUGGUAACCUGACCCGGUAAGACCUGCUGGUGCAGUUGUCUCCUUUCAGUCUGAAUGAAAAUAAGAGACAUUUUCCACAGAGCGCACAAACCGACUUGGGAGUCGAGAAGCACAACGCAGCCGCAGCGCUACCUUUUUUGUUCUCUUUAGCUUCGAGCGCAAAAAAAAAAAGAAACGGUAAAGUUACGGGCUGCUCUUGGCACAGAGGCGGCAGUAUUCGAUCAAUCAUGCAGAGAUACAGAUUCUAAUGGAGAAGCGUCAGAUGAGUCUUGGCAAUAUAGGACACAAACUCAUUCAUUUGUCCUGGUCGUCAUUUUUGAGAGUGUCCAGCUACUGUUGGAGAUACCCUAAGGCCAGAAGGACUUUGUUCAUAGCCGGUGCCUGCUUUGUCUAUUUCUUUUUCGCUGUACAACCCGUGAGUCACACAUCAGAUCACCAGAACAGGCGCUAUGCGUACUGGACGGGUAAUGGAGUGUUUUCCAUGCGCAAACAUGCCAGUGACUCUGCUGAUGAGACCAGGAUCUCGACCGAGAAAACGAACGGCUCUCCCACUCCAACACGCUCUAACGUGGUGUACAUAACGCUCAGGUCUAAGCGACACAAACCCGCUAUCCUAAGGGGAACUGUGCGACCAAAACUUCGCGGAAAGAAGUUAAGGAAAGUGAAAAAGCAAGAGGCGGACACACAUGAUGGAACAAAAGGGAAACCUGCCAAGGAUGAAUGGGAACAAAAACGCACGGACGUUCGUGACACUUGGAAGCAAAUUAUACACAACGCACAAUCUUUGCAAAAAAACAAAGUUAAACAAAUGGAUGACAUCGAUUAUACCGUCAGUUCUAUCCGGAUUUAUAGCCAGAGGGCUCCCCCCUGGUUUAGCAAAGACGACAUAGCUGACAUGCGCUUUCUUGCCGGCAGUAAAAUUACGCAUCUGAAGAGCCUGGAACCCAAAGACUCUCCUCCCGUAUUGCUGUUUAAUAGCGCAGGGAGGUUUAAUGAAACCGUGCACAAAAACUCGGAAAAUACGUCAGAGUGCAUUGGAGACUGUGGUGUGAUCAAGAGACCGGUCGAUAUGAGUGAAGUGUUCGCUUUUCACUUGGACAGGGUCUUGGGGCUGAACAGAAGUUUGCCAACCGUCAGCAGGAGGUUCCGAAUUUUUGACGGCCAGCUGUGUCCCGUCAGCCUGUGGGAAGCUGCAGUCAGGCCCGUGACCGCAGGGCGGGCCGGCACGCUGACCUGGGCCGAAUACCAGGCCUCGCUCAAACACAGGUGCUGGCAGCGUGGGGCUCCCAGGCCAGAGUGGAACUGCUCCAGCAUCCACCACUAUGAGUGGAGCAGACUGGUGCUGUUUGACUUUCUGCUGCAGAUUCACCAGCGGCUGGACAGGAACUGCUGUGGGUUUAGGCCCCGUCCAGAGGACAGUUGUGUUGAGCUUGGUUACCAUGGAGAAUGUGCAGACAAGGACAGUGUUGAACUGUCUCAUAUCGUCCACCGCACCCAUGACCCCAAACAUCUUGUCUUCAUCAACAACAAGGGCUUCUUUGACCGGGACGAAGACAACCUUGACUUUAAACUGCUGGAGGGAAUCAAAGAGCUGCCUGCCAUGGCUGUGGGUGUGUUGAGCUCUCAGCGGCUACGAGAAAGGCUCCUGCAGUCUCUAUUUCUGGAUGAGCUGUACUGGGAGAGUCAGGGCGGCCGCCAGGGCAUCGAGAAGCUCAUCGACGUCAUCGAGAGGCGAGCCCGAGUCCUGCUCAGAUACAUCAAUGCCCAUGACAUCAAGAUCAUUCCCAUGAACGCAUGAGAUAAAGGAAGAACGUGAACUCUUAUUUUGUACUGUUUAUCUUUGCUUUUUUUAAUUCUUGAACGUCUGAUAGCAAAGAGAGCUUCCAGUUACUUGCUUUCAAGUCUACACACUGUGUGAGAUAGAGAGUGAUUACUUCCAAUUACUUGUUGGAUGGCUGGAUGAGUAUGUCAUCCUUAAAGUCAGGAAAUGGAUCACGUGCAAGGAGAGAUUUCAACAUUCUAUAUUCCAGAAAGCAAACUGCAGCUAAAAUUACAUUUGUUCUUGUCAUAUUCUUGCUAACCAGUUGAAACACAUUAAAUGAUCAUUUUUAGAUGGAGUUCUUUA